UCUAAAACAGGUCUGUUCAAGGGCUAUAUAAGGAGGAGCACGUCCCCCUGAGCUUCUACUGAAGACAGUCACAAUGAAGUUCGUGAUCUUGGCUUUGUUUGUUGCUGGUGCCUACGGGUGUGGCAGACCCACCUACCCUCCCACCAUCACCAGGGUGGUUGGUGGUGAUGAUGUCCGUGAGAACAGCUGGCCCUGGCAGGUGUCUCUGCAGUACAAGAGUGGCAGCAACUUCUACCACACUUGCGGUGGCACUCUGAUCUCCAACCAGUGGGUCCUCACUGCUGCUCACUGCAUCAGCAGUCGCACCUACAGAGUCUUCCUGGGAAAACACAAUCUGAAGACCAACAACGAGCCUGGCUCCAUGGCCAUCAGCCCCGCCAAGAUUGUGGUCCACGAGAACUGGGACUCUUACAGAAUCCGUAAUGACAUCGCCCUGAUCAAGCUGGCAACUCCUGUCACUUUCUCUGACACCAUCAUGGCUGCCUGUCUUCCCGACUCUGGCGAAAUCCUGUCUGAUGGUGCUCCCUGCUACGUCACCGGCUGGGGUCGUCUCUGGACCGGAGGUCCUAUUGCUGACAUCCUGCAGCAGGCCCUCCUCCCUGUGGUCGGCCACUCCACCUGCACCAGGUCCGACUGGUGGGGCAGCCUUGUCACCAGCAACAUGGUCUGUGCUGGAGGAGACGGAGAACUGGCUAGCUGCAAUGGAGACUCUGGUGGUCCUCUGAACUGUCAGAACCGUGAUGGCACCUGGGACGUCCACGGUGUGGUGAGCUUCGGCUCUAGCAUGGGCUGCAACUACCCCAAGAAGCCCUCUGUCUUCACUAGGGUCAGCGCCUACAUCCCCUGGAUCAACAACGUGAUGACCAGGAACUAAGAUACUGGUUGGUUUGUGUCAUUGUUGGUGGUUGAAUUUCAUCAAAUAAAGAAUAUAAUUGUAAA